AUGGCUCGUACCAAGCAAACUGCCAGGAAAUCAACCGGCGGCAAAGUUCCACACAAGCAGCUAGCCACGAAGGCCGCUAGGAAGUCGGUCGACCAGGACGGAGGACAACAGCCGAGCCUGCUAGAAAGGGCCUUACUUGCAAUGCUUUGUUUGGUCUUGGGUUGCCAGAAGUUGUCGUUAUUGCUGGAGUGGCUGCUCUUUCUGGAAAGAACAGAGCAAUCUGUGGAGAAUUCUACAGUCGUUGGUGAAGAGAAAAAACCAGAUCUUGAGGUCUUUAGCUCAAAGGAGAACUGCUUGAAAGAAAAUGACGGUGUUGAUAGUCAUCAUUAA